UCAGCUCUUUAUCCAGUUCUCGCCUUCUCAAGCCAUGGAGCUCUCACUCAUGGCGUCGUCCUCCUCUCCUACCCGCCUCCUUCCACUAGCUCAAUCCCUGCAUCUACUCCAAAGAGAGAUCCAUGUCCCCAUCUGGUCGAAGCCCUUCUCUUCACUUAAGGUGCAUCUUAGCGAGAGGAGUAGAAGGAGCCUGGUGGUUGCCGGGGCGAAGAAUAAGAAGAAGAACAAGAGCAGCGAGAAGGUUGAUGAUCAUAGCUUUGUUUCGAGACCAGAUGAGGCCACCGGACCCUUCCCUGAAGCCGUACUACUUAAAAAGAAAGUUGUGAAGGAAGAUGGUAGAGUUUUACCUGAAUUUGCUGAUGCAGAGGAAGAGGAGCUGUAUGAGUUUCUCAAACUUCAGCUUGAGAGUGAUUUGAAUCUCGAAAGAAUGCGUCACUAUGAAAUGGUCUAUUUGAUUCAUGAAGAUAACAUUGAGGAGGUUCCCAGUGUCAUUUCAAAAGUUGAAGAGUUCAUCAGAGAAAAGAAAGGCAGAAUUUGGAGGCUGAACAAUUGGGGACUUCGGAGAUUGGCAUACAAGAUUAGGAAAGCAAAUAAAGCUAAUUAUGUCUUGAUGAACUUUGAGCUCGAAGCAAAACACAUUAAUGAGUUCAAGAGCAUGCUCGACAAAGACGAGCGAAUUAUUCGGCACCUCGUGAUGAAGCAAGACGAAGCCAUUACUGAAGACUGCCCUCCGCCUCCUGAAUUUCACACCUUGCGCGGAGGAAUGGAUGAGGAAGAUGAUGACAUCGAUGACGAAGAUGAUUGGGAAGAUGACGACGGCUUGGAAGACUAUGAUGAUGACAAAGAAAACAUUAUAAUUGUCGAUGAUGAUGAUGAUGAUGAUCAAGGAGGUCAAAAUAGAAGUAUGAAAACACUAGAGGCUAAGAAAAUGGCUUUGUAGUUUGCUAACUUCAUCGACACAUUGUAAUGUAAUUUGGAGUGGAUCUUUAAAUGAUGAUCUAAAAACUUUAAUUCUCUGAUACAA